AAAUGUUUGUCAUCAUUACUUUCAGUUACCUGGUCUAGUUGGUUCUGGAACUAAAUCUGUCGUCGAUUCAUCGUCAUUAAUACCUGACAACUUGGGGUUAUAAAAAGAGAAGAGUUGACGAAUUUAGACACAAGCUCUUUUUGGUAGCAAAGAGAACACAAGUAUUUCCCGCGAAGAUGUCAUUGACAGUAAAAGCCUAUUUGGUAAAGAAAGGAGAGGAAAAGAGAGAAAUACGUAGAUUUGCUGUGCCUGCUGAUGUUUCAAGCAGCUUCAGUUAUCUUCAGAAGAAAGUUUCGGAUAUUUAUCCUACUUUAAGGCAAGGAAAUUUUAAUCUGUACUGGACUGAUCCUGAAGGUGACCAGAUUGCAUUUUCUACAGACGAUGAACUAACAGAGGCCCUUGGUUUCGUAGAUGAUGGAGUUUUUAGGAUAAAAAUUAAAGAAGCAAAAAAAGAAAGCUGUGAGCAGGAACAGAAAGAGAAAGUUAUUCAUCCAAGAAUAGUGUGUGAUGGGUGUGAAGGAGCAGUGGUCGGUAACAGAUUUAAGUGUGCCAUCUGUCCAGACUAUGAUCUGUGUGAAACAUGUGAGAAAAAGGGACUACACCAGGAACAUGAUAUGAUGAAAAUAACAACACCAAGUCAAGGACUCUUUGGAGCUUUUGGAGGCCCACCUUUUGGAGGCCCACCUUUUGGAGGAGCACCUUGUGGACCUUUUGGAGGACCUCCUUGUGGACCCCCUCCACCAUUUGGUGCACCUGGAAAUCAUGGAGGAUUUGUUCCUCCACCACACUUUCGUCGUUGGAUGCAGAGAUUUAUGAAACGCUGGCAGAAGAACCAGCAAGGAUGUGGUGAUCAGAAUGAGUCUCCAAUGGAAGAAGAUCCUAAACAAGGGGAGGCAACUGAAGAAGAUUGCCAAGAUGACGAUUAUCUUCGUAAUGUUGGUGAAAGUGUCCAGGCAAUGCUUGAUCCUUUCGGAAUUGAUGUAGAAAUUGAUGUUGAACACCAUGGACAGAGGAAACGAUGUGGCCGUGGGGCUGGUAGAGGGCGCUGUGGACGUGGUGGUGGUUGGUCAAGACCACAAAGCUGCCCAGGACGUCAAGGACAGUUUCAUGGACAGUUUCCAGGGUGUCCAUUUGGAUUUGGUGGAGCAGCACCACAGCAGUCAAAAGAUAAAAAAAGUGAAACAAAGAAAGAUGAUGUUCCAAUGAAAGAGGCUGAGCCUGCCAAGGAAAAGGAGGUUCCCAUGAACACUGAGGGUAGCAAAGAGGCCUCUCUUAAGGACUCAACAAAGAAGCCAAAUGAGCCAGAAGAUUGGACUAUUUUGACAGAGUCCACCGAGUCUAGUGGACCCAAACCAGGACCAUCAGAAGUGCCUGAACCUUCUGUACCAAGUACAACCAGUCUGUACCCUCCUUUAGAUCCUAAGAUAAGAGAGGCUUUGGAUACCAUGAUGGGAAUGGGAUUUCAUAACGAAGGAGGCUGGUUGACCUCUCUCCUGAAUGAGAAAGAGGGAGACAUUGGGAAAGCUCUAGAUUCCAUUCAGCAGAGACGUAAUAGGACCUCAGAUGGUGGAUACAUGGCCUGAGAUCUUUACACAAUCAUGUGGUUUUGGGACUAUCAAUUGAAUGCUUAGUUAUUAAUAUAUAUACAAUGUUAAUAGACAUUUCUGUUGUUUUAAGGGAUAAUAUUUUAUUGUAAAUGUCUGCUUUAUAAUUUUAUUGUUGUAAUUUGUUAACUUGGUGGUUGCUACAUAAUUAAAACUUUGACUUUGUUGUGAUAUUUCAUGUUAUAAGAUUAUCAUGUUUGUUAUAGCUUUUAAAAAACAACAAAAAUUGAAAGAAAUUUUAAGAAAAAUUUUUACUAGCUUAUUGUUAGACAAACUGUUUAAUGAAAUGUUUCACUUCUUGAUUUGUAUUUUUAUGUAUGAAAAAACUUUAGGAAACUGAAUUUAAAUACACUAUAUUUUGAGGUUAAUAUUUUUAUGGAAUAGUUUAAUCAAUCAGAUGAUCUGUUUGAGGAAUUUAUAUGAAACAGAAAAUGAUUAUAUUCAUUUAUAUUUUUACUGAAGAAACAAUUGUUUCUGUGAUUUUGUUAUAAAAUAAAUUAUUAAAUGUUA